AUGUUAAAGAGUGUAGAGCGAUACUAUGCCAAGGAGGUGCUACGAGGUAGAUUUGAUGCAAUUGAACUUUUAUUGGAUCCACUCAAACCAGAUGCACAGCUUAAACUGAUUCAAAUCUGCUUGAAUUUACACUCUAUUUUGCAAUCCAUCAUGUUUCAUCGCACAUUAUCAAAUACCAGACCAAUUGAUGUUCAUCUGGAUUCGCUGAAUAUUACCUAUGCUUGCUUGGAUGACAAGGAGGGAUCUGUCAUGUUUUUUGAACGCAAAACCAAAAAGUCGUGGUUUACUAAAGCAGACGAGGAUAUAUGUUGGGAGAAAUGGGAUAUCACAUUAACUCCCACACAAGCGCUAACAGAGCAGCUUCAGAUACAGGCACAUGCAUUGUUAGUCAAGUCCUUUGAAGAGUGUUUGGUCAAGAUUUCAGAUAAAGCUAACGAGGAAAAGGAUCAUAUUCCUCCCAUGUUAACAAGUGAGCCUUUUCCAUGCCAAAUCACACUAACAUUGCAGCUUGCGACAUUUUGGAAUACUAUUACAAAUCUCAUCCCUACUUCAUAA